AAGUUUUUGAGCUGUUUCAACUCCUCCGUUUGCCAUUGCCUUCUUCAGCUGGAGCUCCAGGAUUUCGUAGGUUAGAUUUUGGUCUCAACACACAUCUAGCACUCGAGCUCCUCGAUUAUUCAUCGCCCCGUACAAUAUCUAGAUUCGAUUCAUCUGCCACAUCCAUUAAUCAAUCGUCUUUGAAUCUAAUAAUUGGUGAAGUGGAGAGAGAAAGAGGAUGUCGAGUCGAUUGAUGAAAAAGAUAUUGAAAGCUCAAGAAGAUGCUCUGCAGCAGCAACACGAGAGCGAGGAUGAAUCUGACUCACAAGAUGCCUCAUCCGCUUCUCAAAGAAACCCAUUUGAUCUUCUUGAUGAGGAAGACUUUGAGGAGAAAGAACAAACUGAUACUAGUGAUGGUAUUGACCAGGUAGAUAAGACAGUGGUCCCUGAAAGAUCCUCUAUCGGGAAAAUUGACGAGAAGCAUUCCUCCAAAGGUGCAGAUACUAAUAACGCAGUCCUGUCAUCUAAUGUGAGAUCAAAGAAAAAGAAAAAGAAAAACAAAAAGAAUUCGCAUACCACUGGAAAUCUUCAAAAACCAUUGGAUGAAACCUUGGAAAACUUAUCUAUUGAUGGAAACUCAUCUUGUCGUGAAUAUACGGCUUCUCAUUCGAGGCAAGAAAAAAUGUCAAACAUAAGUGGAACAAAUAAAUCUUCCACUGCCAUCUUACAAAUUGAUCCAAAAUUUCUAAGUGCUGAAAAUGAACUUCGGAGGAUAUUUGGGUCUAAAGUUGUGAGUUCUUUUGAACGGAAUAGUCAAAGUGGAAGUUCUAGACAGGCACAUGGCAGUAGACGUGGAGGUUCUAACCACAGGAAGACUCUACUUGUUCAUCCUUCAGAGCAUUGGCCACGAUGGGACGGUUCUCUUACCAUGGAACUAUUGGGGACCAAAGAUGGAAUCAAUUAUUUCAGGUNCCCCCCCCCCCCCCCCCCAAUCCACCACCAAAAAGUCCUAUUUGAACAGUAUGUGCAUUUGGCAUCCUAUAGCCAAGCUCAGAGAGCAUUCGAAGCUGCAAAGGCGAUCCAUGACCUUAAUGGAAUUGUCAAUGUUCUCAUGCAUAAUCCAUACCACAUAGACUCCCUCGUCACGUUAGCCGAAUAUUACAAAUUUUCAGGUGAACUUCAAAUGUCAUCGGAUGCUAUUGCAAGGUGUUUGUACGCUAUGGAAUGUGCGUGGCAUCCAAUGUUCACUCCCUUACAUGGUAAAUGUCAGCUCAAGUAUAGCCAUGAAACAAACAAGCCCUUCUUCUCCGUACUCUUCUCCCACAUGAAAAACAUGGACAGGCGUGGCUGUCACCGGUCUGCACUGGAGAUUUGCAAAUUGCUCCUAUCCUUAGAUUCAGAUGAUCCAGUCGGUGCCUUAUUCUGCGUUGACUACUACUCUUUGAGAGCGGAGGAGUAUUCGUGGCUAGAACGUUUCUCUGAAGAAUACAAAACUGAUAAUUCUUUGUGGUUAUUCCCAAAUUUCUCUUAUUCUCUCGCCAUAUGCCGUUUCAAGCUUGAAAAUCAAGAAAAAGAAGAUGUGACAAAGGCUGAAUCUUUGAAAGCUGUGUCUACUGAUUUGAUGAAGCAGGCUUUGAUGCUUCAUCCUACCGUUCUGAAGAAGUUAGUGGCUAAGGUGCCUUUGAAAGAUCAAGCAUUUAACCGUAUAAUUGGACACGGUUUGUUUGCAUCUGAGAAAAGUGGGAGCUUAUCUUUGGAUCAUUUGGUUAAUAUAUAUGUUGAGAGGAAUUACCUUAUAUGGAGGCUUCCUGAUAUCCAGAAGUUCCUCAAGGACUCUGCACUUAUGGUGAUUGAAAUGCCGGAUCGAAAGGAAACAGAUGCUAGAGAUUGGACGUGUGUGCGAAAAGAGGCAUUUUCUUCCGACAAAAAUGAGUAUUCCCAUCUAUUGGUGUCUGAAUUUUCAGAUUCAGUUCCAACUUUGCCCCCAGAUAACCUGCAAAAUUUCAUGGUUGACCCGAGAUUGGUGAACAAUGGAGGCGAACAACAAGCUGCAAACCGUCCCGUGAGGGAUCUGUCGAACCGAAACGCACUUGCAGUUCUUUUCGAGUCAAUGUUGCCAUGGGUUGACUUUGGUACCGAACACGUCGUUGAAGAUCAUCCACAUGGUCAAGAAGACUGAAAGUCUAAAAUGCCCCUCCUAACGAAACAAAAGAGAAGAAGAAGAAGAAGAAAUGCAGAGCUUCACCUGGAUCUUGCGCAUGGAUGUAUUUUCUGUAUUUCUUGUGUUAGGUGCUGGAAAAUAUUUUGUGAAAGGAAAAAUAUUUUCCUCUUUCUUUGCAAUUCUGUGGAUUAAAUGAUGCUGAGAAACAGAGCAAUUGUUUUUCAAGAAAACUAUGUGAUCUUGGAUUUAUGUUACUACUUCCCCUCAAGUAACAUCAAAUUAGGGGUUGUGUUAGGAGUACAUCAGUUUGGGGUAUAACACUUGUACACCAAGUGUGUUACAACACACACAAUGGCACAAACAACAAUUGUUUACAAGCACACACAGAUAAUAAAUGUUUACAAACAUA